GGUUGUUAGAGCAUUCGGUAUUUCGUUAAAUUUUGAGAAGUGUUAUUGAUUUCAUUAUACUAAUCAGAGAUGAGAUUUCUGAGCUUUUUCAAGAUAUCGCGAUAUCAGCUCAUCCCUGCUGCCGUUGCCGUCUUAGGUACGGCUACUAAAAUGACGAGUCUUGAGGCUGUUAAAACAGCCUGGAGAACCGCCGAAGCGGUAACUUUCGAUGUCGAUUCUACGGUUAUCCAGGAGGAAGGAAUCGACGAGUUGGCCAAGUUCUGCGGCAAAGGAGAUCAGGUUGCUGACCUGACAAAACAAGCGAUGCAAGGAAACAUGACGUUUCAACAAUCGCUCACGGUCAGAUUAAAUAUCAUUAAGCCGAGUCUCGAACAAGUCAAGGAAUUUAUUAAAAAUCAUCCACCAAAAUUAACACCUGGAAUAAGGGAAUUAGUGAACGAGUUGCACAAAAAAAACAAAAAAGUAUUUCUCGUUUCCGGUGGUUUUCGUUGCCUGAUCGGACCGGUCGCGGCACAAUUGAACAUACCAGCCGAGAACGUGUGUGCCAAUCGGCUAAAAUUUUUUUUCAAUGGCGAAUUUGCCGGCUUUGAUGAGACUGAGCCAACCUCGAGGAGUGGGGGAAAACCCGAAGCUUUGAGGAUAUUGAAAGAGAAAUAUAAUUUAGGUACGAUCGUCCAUAUUGGGGAUGGGGCUACGGACAUGGAAGCUUGUCCGCCUGCAAACGCCUUUAUCGGUUACGGAGGCAAUGUCGUUCGAGAGAGUGUGAAAUCGGGUUCUUUGUGGUUUGUUACGGAUUUUAACGAGCUGCGAGAGGCUUUAUGAUUAUUAAAAAAAAAAAAAAAUUAUAUGUACAGAGAAGCCGGUUGAAUUAUUUAAUAAUGAAUUAA